GUACAGCCGGCGCGCUUGUCUGGUACAAACAGCUGGCCAGCACGUAUAGCCAGUGUGAACAGUCGGUAUGCUUGUCUGCGAGGCUUAGCUGAUGCAUGGAGCUGGCACAUAUAGCUAGUACACUUAUGGGGUAUGCAUAGCUGAUGCACGUAGCCUGAGCUCUUACCCAGUACGCUUACCUGGUACGCAUAGCCAGCACCCCCAGCCGGUGUGCCUAGCUGGUACACAGAGUUAAUAACAUGGCUGGUAUGCAUAGCUGGUACGUACAGCCAGUAUGCUUGUCUGGUACAUUUACCUGCUAUGCAUGGCCGGUACACUUGUGUGGUCUGCUUACCUGGUCUGCUUACCUGGUAUGUAUAGUCAGUACACAUAGCUCGUGCACAUAGCUGGUGUGCAUAGCCAGUAUGAUUACCUGGCACAUAUAACCAGUACACGUAGCCAUUUUGCUUACCUAGUAUGCACAGCUAGUAUGCUUGUCCAGGACGCAUAGCCAGCAUGCAUAGCUGGGAUGUUUCCCGGUAUGCAUAGCCAGCAUACACAGCCAGUAUGUUUGUCUAGUAUGCUUCCCUGGUACGUAUAGCCAGUAUGAUUGCCCAGUAUGCUUACCUGCCACGUGUAGCUGGCACACUUGUCCAGUACGUGUAGCCAGCAUGCUUGCCUGGUACACGUACACCAAGAUCUAGGGUCAACAGACAUGUUCUGGGGGCUUCAGUUUCCACUUGCAACCUUUAUAAUGUAAAUUCCAGGAAGACUGUAAAGCCAUACUUUGUACUAUGUAGCCAUAUAGCUACCACGUAACAUCAUUUUUAGAUAUACCUGUAGUCCUACACUGCAAAUUUCAAGUAGAGAUUUGCUUAGAAAGUCAGCAACUCAAAGAACUGACUAGUCUCAUUUAUACUCCCUGUUAAUUAAAAAGAGAUUCUUGUGAACAAUGUAGUAGCUGAUCUGCAAUUCUAGAUGGUUACCUUUCUGUUGCAUGUAGCCUGUAGUAAGUGGUGCCUGGAAUUUUUUUUUUUCCUUGAAGCUUCAUAAAGAUUAAUGAUAUACUCCUAAAAAUUUCAGGACUUAGUCCGACUUAGACUGACUUAGUCUCAGAAGUUUAGCGAUUGCUCUGCAUCAUGAUGCCUCUCAUCUCAUCUGAACUGUGUCCUAAUAUAUGUGAUUGGUCAUCGAAUAAAAUAUAUUAUGUAUGUUUUUUUUUUCUUUUUUUCCUCCUUCUCUCUAUAGGAGAUGUUUUAAACCUACAGGUCUAUUAUCCCUGGGAGUUCCGUUCCAGCUCUCCUUGCAGAACAGUUGUUUUCCCACUAAUGACAUCUGGAUUUACCUACUGGGUGAUCAAGUGUUUGCAGCAGCUGGACAUAUGGUCAAGUUGCAUCAACAGCUACACCCUUCUUGUAUCACCUCGCCUUCUCUUUACAAUUUUUUCUUUCAUACUUGACUAUAGCGUAUACCUGUUAGCUCCUUUCUGGGAAGCAGAUCCAUGGAAAGCGCUGAUACUUCUUGCUGGAUCCUAUGUCACUCUGGUGUUUUAUACAAGAACAUUUACCAAUACACUUGAAGGACUUCUGUUUGCUCUUCUCAUGGUACUGGUUUCCUCUGGGAGGUCUGAUGGCAGCUUAGCGGAGCCUACAAAAAGCCAUCUUAUAGGAAUUAUAACAGUUGCUGGGUUUUUCAACAGGCCAACUUUUCUGGCGUUUGCUCUAAUGCCACUGCUUUAUUGGAUGGGUUUAAACAUUAACUCUCAAAAGAGCAUCAAAACUGUCAUAAACCACUUUUUGAAGCUUAUCCCAUAUGCAUGCUUUACUGCUAUUUUUUUCAUAACGGUCGACACCUUAUAUUUUACCUCCGUGGGAUUAGACAACCUCUACAGCGUUAAAAAGAACAGUCUAUUUGAUAUAAUAGCUCAAAUAAAUCAGAAAAUAAUAGUAACCCCUUUAAAUUUUCUCCGCUAUAAUCUUAAUCCCCAUAAUCUUGCACAGCAUGGAAGUCACCCACGAAUUACACAUUUUCUGGUCAAUGGGAUAAUGCUCUUCGGGAUCCUACAUGUUCUGGCCAUCAGUAAUGGUUUUAAGAUGUUAAAGAAAUGUAUCUAUCAGUUACCACAGGUCAAGUCAUAUUACCGUGGGUCAUCUAGGAUAUUAGUGCAUUCUGAGGGCAACCCAAUAUUAUUGUUGUUUUACUUGGUUCCUUUGGCAUUUCUCUCCCUGUUCAGUCACCAAGAACCUCGGUUUCUCAUUCCUCUCAUCUUACCAUUAGUCCUGUUCAGCGCCUCACAGAAUAGAACUAUGAAAUGGAAACCUGUCAUUAUUAUUUUCAAUGUUCUUGGAGCUUUGUUAUUUGGAUGCUUACACCAGGGAGGACUGAUACCAUGCUUGUUUCACUUGGAGCAAGUCAUGCAUUCUCCAGAGUUGUCAAACCAUCCAGGACACUAUGUUCUACUCUUUGCUCAUACCUACAUGCCUCCUAGGUCUCUGCUCAAUAUCAAGAAAGGAGACACGCAUAUAGAAGUAAUUGAUAUGGCUGGAUCUGAAGAAGAAACCCUCUGCCAAACAGUAGGACAGCGAACAAACAAUUUUACCUGCAAUGAUUGCCAUUUUUUUGUUAUAGUCCCUGGUACAGUCAGAGCCACAAUUACAAAAUGUGGUGUGUCGUUCAAGAAUGAGACUUUAAUAUUUCCACACUUAUCAAUGGAGGAUCCACCACAAAUAUCCUCUCUAUUUAGUGAAAAUUGGAGAAGUCAGUUAGGACUAUACAUCCUCCAACUAGACAGAUAUCAACAGAGUCUUUAGGAGAACUACGUUUUAGUUAUUCCCUUCACUUUGGCUCUGCCCAAAAGUGCUGUGAGACCUUUCUCUUCACAGACCCACAUUCAGCACAGGCAGUGGCAUUGUGAGCUUCCCUUAUUCCCUUUAUUCUUUUUCUUCUUGCUCUUGUAUUUGUCAGUCUAGUCAAUUCUAGGUAGAACCUGUUCAAAAUUUGAGGGUCAUUCAGUUCUUGUGAAGUCUUAUGAACUUGUGUAACUUUCCUAAUAAAAGAUGAUGAAGUCAGAACUCAGCAAAAUUUUGUUUCAAGCUUAGUUCUCUCCGUGCAGCUAUAUUUUUGAAUUUCUUAUAACCUUUGCUAAAGGGUUUGUGAGCUGUGUUUUCGUAGUUGUUGUUAAUUUGCAUUGACUCAGCUGCUGGAGAGAGGACACUGGACUAGAUGAAAGUUUCUCUGACCCCAAGUGGUUGUACUUUUAGGCUUUUAAAAUGUCAGAGCCUCCUCUCAGCCAUUAGACCAGACUGCAAUCGUAAUGUAGGUACCAGCAUUGUAAUAUUCUCUGAUGAGGCUUUUGGGUGGCCCUCUCUUGAAAAGUCCCUGGUGUUGAUCUAACAGAUUCUGAUUUGGAACAUGGAAGAAACUUCAGCAUAGGCACUUGUGAUAAAUCCUAACAUCCAAGUGCUAUUUUGCCUAGGGAGUGUUUCUUGCCACAGUUCCGUUCUUGUGGACAUAUUACAUCUGUAUUACACAUAGCAAGUGGAGAAUGCUGUUUGAUAGUAUUAAGCCUAUUGCUUAGCUGCUGCAAAUGGAGCAGUCCUUCCCUGUCACGCUCCAUUUUGCCCUCUCACUGUUUUCAUUGCUUUUCAUGGCCCUACCAGCAUCAGUGGUGCACAUCUGGCCUUGCAGGGAGCUGGUUUAAGGAGCUAAGCAGACAGAAAACUUAGGGGGAUGUGAUCCUUUUUGUGUUUUUGACCACAGAAUCACAGAAUGGUUCAGGUUGGAAGGGACCUCUGCGGAUCAUCUAGUCUCCAGAUGACUUCUGAAUAUCUCCAAGGAUGGAGAGUCUGCAACCUCUCUGGGCAACCUGUUCCACUGCUCUGUCACCCUCCCAGUAAAAAAGUUGUUCUUAGAUUCAGGCAGAACUUCCUGUGUUUCAGUUUGUGCCCGGUGUCGGUGUCUCUCACCCUGUCACUAGGCACCACUGAAAAGAGUCUGGGCCACCUUCUUUAUACCCUGCCUUCAGAUAUUUAUAAAUAGCAAUAAGAUCCCUCCCUGAGCCUUCUCUCUUCAUAGGCUAAACAAUCCCAGCUCUCUCAGCCUUUCCUCAUAUGAUGGAAGUUCCAGCCCCGUAGUCAUCUUAGCUGCCCUUUGCUGGGCUUGCUCCAGCAGUGCCGUGCCUCUCUUGUACUGGGGAGCCCAGAAAUGGACACAGUACUCCAGAUGCGGCCUCAUCUGAGCUGAGUAGAGGGGGA